AUGACAUAACAGACAUUGAAUUUGCUAUACCAUAUGAAUGUUCAAGUUGCAAAAAUAAUACAGCAGAGUUGAAAAGAUAUCUGAAGUGUCUUUCAAGUGAAGCAUUACCCACUACACCACACACCAUGGAGCUUUUUGACCAAGUUUUUGUAAAAGGCCAUUUUCAACAGAAGAAUAGGAACAGUGCAUUUAUUAUGAUGAGACAGUGGAUGAAUAUUAUAAGCAGUCCUGAUAUCACCUUUGAUACCAAAAGCAAGGCAGAAUAUCGACAGGACAUUGUAAAAUUUUUGGAAUUUAUAAAGUACUUCAUUGCAAGUGGUGCCAACAGAGAUGUAUAUGAGGCCUUGGUGAAGGAGAUCCAUGGUAUUCUACUGUACAGUGACAGACUGUCAGAAUUUGAUCGGGAACUUUCGGACUGCAGUGAUCAUGAAGUCAACCAUUUCCACUCUUGUCUGGAUGUUUAUGUUGGCGUUCUUAAAGUUCUUCAUAUUAUAGAAAUCAAAUCAACAGAUUUUUCCAGCAGCUGGUUUCCAAAACGAUGUGUACUGGGAAAUCAGUACACAGACGCUGGUUCAAGCUUUGACUCAAUGGUUCAUUUGUUGGUUUGGGAACUUAUUACGCUGUCCAAGAAACUGUUUAAACAGUCUUCUCUCCAAGAACUACAGACAAAAUCACCCUUUGCAUGUCCCUGCUUGAUAGAAGUUUGGAAACAUAUUAAAAUGUUGGUAGAUCACGUGCAUCAGAAAAGCAAGGAAGAGUUCUUUUAUGAGCUUCUGUUUGAUAUAAUAAGAAGAAUUCUCCAGCAACCUGAUGCUGCCAGUGGAGAUGAAGAGAUGGACUCUGAUGUUUAUAAAUAUCCACAGAAGGAACUUUUUGUUGACGAUAAUGGAGAAUUCUGUUUGUGGAUUCUGGUUCAUAUAUCCAAAAUGGCUGGUCACAUCAUUCAACAGAGUUUGGGUCAAAAGAUGAAAGAGAUUAUUUCAACUGUUUUAAAAUCUUGUUUAUCAAAGGACAACGUAACAGAGUGUCAGCUUCGCUUUGUGGUUGGUUUGUGUCAAGAUCUCCAUGCUGACACAAAGGCUGGCAUACUUAACCUUCUUUGGGAAUGUUUUUACAAGAAAAUGAAUAGCAGUUUUUUCUUGAAUACAAGGAGCAUAGAUUCUGUGGGAAGACUAUGCAAGAGUGCUGGUCAGCAGUUAGAAUUGUGCACCAGAAUAAGCAAAGGGGAAAGGUAA